CUCCAAGCCCCAAACCCAGUCUCACCUCACUCCGUCCGUCCGGCGUCGUCUUCCUCCGCCAGCGCCGCCCCUCCUUCUGCGAUUCCUCAUCGACGUCGCCGUUCUUAGUUGCUCCCGUCAUCUUGGUAAACUUCGUAGCUGAUUGAUCUCUCACUCUCCACGAUUCUCGCAGCUUUAUGUGUUUGUAGUAUCUGCCGCAAGCUGGAUUAAUCCCCAUUGCUUCUUUCUCGUCGGCGCGGUGCUCGCAAUCGACGGAGUCGGCAGUUUAGCAACGACGCGUUCCUGGCCGGCACCGCCAGUCAACGAGAUGUUCAUUCCCUAGUUUGUACUGGACCUUUUGCUGUGGGUAACUUCGAAGCUUCAGCUAUUUGCAGUGAGGGAUUAUAAGAGGACUGACGCAUUCCCACAACAGCUCUGCUCAUCAGCCUGAUGAUGAUUUUUUUAGAUAUCCAGUUUAUUGCCCUGGUUUCUUGCUCUUCCAUGAUUCCAUCUUAGAGUACAGAGGCUGCAUGCUGCGAUUGGCGUCAACUGCUUCAUAGAAAUCAGACUCUUCCCAACUGCACAUCAUAGGGUGCGUUGACCCAGUCUGGUCUGAAAUCUUUGUCGUGCUUCUGAGGUAUCUGACAUCGGUUGUGAUGCGGCCUUGGUGCUUUGUGUCCUGCCUCUUCGCCAUUAGUGGCCUUGGCCUGAGUUUGGACAAGGUGAGCUGUGUGCCGUUGUAGACUUGUAGUAUGGUGGGUGUGGUUUCUAACCUCUUGGUUUAGCGUUAUAUGCUAAAAGGCGUCGUGUCCCCUCUUCUUCUAUGCUAUUGAUAUACCUCUCCGUGGUGGAUUGUUGAAAAAAAAUGUUUAUUGACAUACAAGCUAAAAUGGAAUUUGAUCGUUUUUUCUAGAAAAAAAAGCUAAUUUGAUCCGUGGACAGAACGUGAUUGGUGCUGGUGUUGUCUCUGUAAAAAUGUUGAUAAAAGGUUUUCAAACUUUUCUGAGUUCACCCACCUGGUUGUUCUUGUUACUGGGUUUAGUCACCUUUUCUCCCCACCACUUUGCACAGUUCAGCGGAGGAUGAGCUGCACCUAUUAAUGAACUAUGCAAGAGUCCAUUCUUUUAGGUAAUAAUGUUUCUUUUAGUACUAUUAUUUUGUGACCAGGUAUAAAUUUGCCUCCUUUGUUUAAAAGUAUACUUUGGCAGCUAAGCCAAAAGCUUAUCAAUUAAUAUAUAAAAACCUCAACUUGGCAGAAUAUUGUCAGUAGAUGCCAAGAUCAGAAAGCAAGAUAAUAAAGAAUCAGAAACUGUAGAAGACAAAAACAGCAUUUAUAUCCUAGAGUUCUAAACAGAUGGGAAUCUUGUGGAUUACAUAGUGUGACAAGAAGUCCUCCCUCUUUCCUCACUCUGCCAUGGGGAAACUUCAUCUGCUAGCUCUGCUUCUUCCUGUACUUCUUGGGUUACCUCUGUUGUACAUCUGUGAGAUACUAUGGCUGAGGCCAGAGAGGAUAAGAAAGAAACUAAGGAAGCAAGGUGUGAGGGGUCCCAGGCCUACUUUGCUCUAUGGCAACACCCAGGAGAUAAAGAGGAUCCGACAAGAGGCAUUGCCUGCGCAGAAGCAAGACACCAGUAACUACAUGUCCACCCUCUUCCCUCAGUUCAUGAUCUGGAGGGAAACAUAUGGGUCGGUAUUCCUCUACUCAACAGGAGCUGUGGAGAUUCUGUAUGUUUCUGACCCUGGCAUGGUCAAGGACAUGAGCCACUGCACAUCAUCUGAGCUCGGAAAGCCUAUUUUUAUACAGAAAUCUCGCAAACCACUCUUCGGUGAAGGCAUCUUGGUGGCAAAUGGCAAUAUAUGGGCCUAUCAGAGAAAGAUCAUUGCACAAGAGUUCUUCAUGGAGAAGAUUAAGGUCAUGAUAGAACUAAUAGUGGAGGCUUCUGCCCCACUGCUAGAAGCAUGGGAUAGUAUGCUUGACGGCAUGGGAGGGAGUAGAGAGAUAGAUGUGGAUGGUUAUUUGCGGAGUUUUUCGGCGGAUGUAAUCGCCAGGGCAUGUUUUGGCAGCAAUUUCGCAACAGGGGAAGAAAUAUUCUACAAGCUCAGGCAGCUUCAGAAGGCGAUUUCUCAGCAAGAUGCACUUGUUGGAUUAUCCGCGGUGUGGAAGAGUUUGCCGACCAAGGCCAAUCGAGAGAUACAAAAGCUGGAGCAAGAAGUUCGGUUACUCAUCCUGAAUGUCGCAAAGGAACACAGCCGUGGCAGCAGCAGCGAAGACGACGAUUGCAUAAAGACUAAACACAAUGGCCUUCUCCGCUCGAUUGUCAAUAGUGCUCGCCAUUGUCCGGCCAGCUUCCGUGGCAGCGCCGAGGACUACAUCGUCGACAACUGCAAGAGCAUCUACUUUGCUGGGCACGAGACUACAGCCGUCACCGUCACCUGGUGCCUGAUGUUGCUGGCCACACACCCGGCGUGGCAGGACCGUGCCCGUGCCGAGGCUCUAGAGGUGUGCCGUGGAGGCACAGAGCUCGACGUCGACGUCCUCCGGCGACUGAAAACGAUCACCAUGGUGAUCCAGGAGACUCUCCGGCUGUACCCUCCGGGGUCAUUGAUUAUGCGCGAAACGCUGAAGGACUUCAAGCUCGGUGGGCUCGACAUCCCACGGGGGACGAUCAUCCAGAUAGCCAUAGCGAUGCUGCACCUCGACAAGGAUGUUUGGGGCCAGGACGCCGGUGAGUUCCGGCCUGAUCGGUUUGCGAACGGCGCCGCUGCGGCGUGCGAGCCGUCACACAUGUACCUGCCGUUUGGGCACGGGCCCAGAAUUUGUGCUGGGCAGAACCUGGCGAUGAUGGAGCUGAAGGUGGUGCUCGUGCGCCUGCUGAGCAAGUUCGCCUUCUCACCGUCGCCCGGGUACCGGCACGCGCCGUUGUUCCGGCUCACCGUCGAGCCUGGGUUCGGCAUGCCUCUUGUCGUCACGAAGCUUCCAUGAUCUCUCUCACUGCCAUCUGUGGCAAGAAGGUGCCGCGCCUGAUGAAAACAGUGACGCCACCACUCCACUGUGUUUGUAAUCGGCAAGGCGGUGCUUUCGUCGGUACUUUCUGCGGCGCAAGAUUCAGUAAGUUCAGAAAACACUGGCAAAGCAAGGUAUGGUUAUUGAUGACAUGGUACCCGUAUCUCCCCCAAAUGAUAUUUCUUGGACCCUGAUAAGUGUCACACCUAUGGCACGAACACAUGACAACUUCGAACGUUUUUUAUGGCAAGUUUAGUGACGCGAGGAUGGCAACUUUAGUUGUCAAGCAUGACAACUUUCUUUUCGAAUGGCAAGUUUCUGUUUUUUCUUUGGAUUUGUUCUCUUUUCGGAUGACAACUUUAGUUGUAAAAACCGUCGUCGGGGCCGGAGUGCUUCAUGCCACACGUGUGGCACUUAUCAUUUGGGUAUUUCUUUUGUUAGAAAGCAAUUCUUUGCUCAAACUGAAUUAUUAUUUUUACUUCUAGUAUUUA